UUGCAGCUCAGGAACGGUGGCGCGAGCUGUGGAGGGGCACCAAAAAGUGUGGCGCGCCCACAUGGGAUUGUUGACUACCAGCCACACUUCCGACUUACAUCCCCGCAACGUCAUACGACCUGUCUUCCAUAUUCACACUCUACAAAUACAUUGCGAUAACACAUGACCGCACGUCUCCUUCGACACCCGCAGCAUCAAGACCACUUCUCGAUCUCGGUACACACACAUUGAAACCAUGGCUGAGGCUCUUCCCGAGUCGCUCAAAAUCCCCGAGGUCAGCCGCUUCAUCAAGCGCGCUGGCCAGCUGCGUUCGGUCAAGCCAGCCGUCGCAUACUGGUGCGAGUACCGCGCCGUCAAUCAAAUUGUUGGGAAAGGGUUACACUCGGGUGACGAGGACGCCUUCGCAUUCACGACGAACCUGAUCGAUCAACUCGAGACGACAAAGGCUGAACACGCUGCCGAGGAUGCGAUUACCGACAACGAGGUCGCCAAGGUCUACAUUGAGCAAUUCGCGCAACAGACGUUUGACCGUGCAGAGCGCACCCUCCGCGCCGACAAGGUCACUCGACAGACAGCCGACACGUUCGACGCGGCGGCUACCUUCUUCGACCUCCUCCGCGAAUGGGGCGAGCUCGAGCCCGAGGUCCUGCAAAAAAUCAAGUUCGCCAAGUGGAAUGCCGCGCGGAUCCUCAAGGCGUUGCGAGAAGGACGUGACCCCAACGAGUCGAACCCGAAGCAACCUGAACAGGCAGAAGGGGGCGAGGAGGAGGGAGCGACCGGUCUUGAUCCCAACGACCCGGACGUUCAAGAACUCGCCUCCCUAGGCACCGCGCCUCAACCGGCCACUGUACAAGACGCGCCCGACGCCGGCGAACCUCUGGGAAGCGCUGGUCCUCCGCCGCAUCCUCCGGCCCCCGAAGACUACUUUCCCACAGGACCACACCCGCCGCAGCCUUCUACUCCGGGCUCUGUGGUCCCACCCUCAGUUCCGGCAUCCAUACCGAGUGUCGCGCCCGAAGGGCCAGCCUCGGCUGCUUCUUCGAUCCCGCCAGGUCCGUCACCACAUCUUCCAACCAAGCUGUCUUCGCAGUUUGCGCCUCCGCCGGGUCCAGCGUUCCCAGGCUCUUCUGCCAGCAGCUUUCAGCCCUCCGUUCCGCAGCAGCAGCCCAGUGCCCCUUCGCUUCCACAACCUGUGCCCGUACCGGCACCAGCGCCUAGUGCACCUUCACCCGCCGCCCAUUACAAGGACCUCAACCAGGCGCAAAAACAUGCCAAGUGGGCAAUCUCGGCACUGAAUUUUGAAGACGUGCCCACCGCGGUGCAAGAGCUCAGAAACGCCCUGACGGCGCUGGGGGCACAGUGAGAGGCCCUGAGUGGAGCUGCAAUUUUCACAUUACAUUUGAAGCGUUUAGACGUGUCCAAGAUUUCAAUGAAGCAAGUUCACACUUGUCA